AUGAAGCUUUUGCCGGUCACAGCACAUGUCGCCGUCUUCCUCGUCCUCACUUCUGCGAAGCCGAUCUGGCCGGUCGAUAAGCCUCGGACACAUAUCCUGAAAGCGUUCCAGAGCCUGCAAGAUUCCCAGCAACUGCUCCUCGCACCUCCCGACACGAGCAUACCACCACCGCAAAGAGUGCUGGAACCUCAAUCGCCUAACUAUCGAUUCGAGGCGCAGGAGAACUCGGUUGGCGUGCUUCUGACCGACAAGACUGGGGAGGUGAAGCAUUUCUGGGUGCCCCUGGGGAGGAGAGUGUACACCCGCGACGCCCCUACUCUUCCUGUUCAUCCGCUCACGGCGCGAAUAACGACCUUGAUCAACACCUCCCCUCAACUUGCGAAUCCCGAGAAGUUGGACCAGAUCCAGUGCGAAGUAUGGACGCAUAGCCUACAGAGCACGCGCCGCGGGAAAAGGAUAGAGCAACGGAGUUUCUCGUUCGCCAGGGAGGAUGGGUUGAUUCGGUUCGCCGACGAGGAGAGUCCGUUCUGGUUGAGAGGACAGGAAGUUGAGAGCUAUGUCUGUUCCUAG